ACAGUCGACUCGUUUCUGCGUAUAUUCCGGUUGCUAAGCUAUCACCUGACAGACGAAGGUAGCUGUUUAAUAGCAUUAAGUGUGGGUUUUACUUCAUUUGCAUUCUGGCUUUCUGUUGCCGUGUCGUUUGGAGCUUUAUCUCGUGGACGUGCUGGGAUGUUUGCUCGGACCAUGUGGCGUCAUGCUCGCUAAAUCCACGCGGACAUUGUCGGUUAGCUGCUAGCAUAGCUGUGUUCGCUAUAACAACAGUAUGUCAGGGAGAUGCUAACAAAUGUUUAGACUUUGACUUUACAUUGAGAAAGUAGAUAAGCGAAAAUUGACGAGAUUGCAGUUGUUGUAACCUUUUCUUUGUGCCUGGGUUUUUUUUUUUAGUUAGCUAAUUUGUAGUUUAGGACAAGCGGCGGGUGGCGACACCUGAGCCUCUUGUAUUGUUUUCGAUAAAUUUACCAUCAUCCAGACUGUUGUUGACUGAGAUUUAGAGUGUAAUCAUGAGCCUUUAAGUUGACUUAAUCUCUGUGAUUUUUCUGUCUUAAAAGAGGCUUGUUGAAGUUUUAUGAUCAUCCCUUUGCCAAAGGCUUCAUGCAUGAUUUAGUGUUGUGGAUUACAUGUCAUGUUAUUCUCCCAUCAGCCAGCACUUGUCCAAGGUGACACUUGAAUAUUCAUGUUUUCAUGGCAGAGCAAAGUAGUUUAGUGUACCUGGGUUCAACCUGCUUUCUGAAACAUUUCUCACAUUGACAUCCAGCAAAAGUAUUUUAUUUAUUUAUUUACUUUUUGAUUGUAGGAGACCAGACUCGUCCUCUUGAGUGGCAGUUUUCCUUUGAGCACUAGAGGGUCUCGGUGAAGGCUGAAAGAUGGUCUGAUGGACCGCCGCUUCUUCCUGACCUUCAUCUUUUGCUCAGUGUCGUGGAUCUUCUUCUGGGAAGUACGCUGGAAGAAAGGAAAAGAAAGUCAGAUUGAGGAAUGGCUCCAAGGACAUAGCCUCUCUCAAUACAGGCACUUAUUUGAAGGUUGGUGGGUCGCACUCAUCUUCAUUGAAGAUUUAUAUAACCAUGCAGUAUUUGUUAAAUGGCAUAUCAUUCAGGAUGAUGUAAGGUAGUGUCUCUUCAGUGACUUCCCCAAAUAGGAUGUAAUUGCUUGAAAAUUUCUGGUAAGGAUUAUUCUGACUACAAUCUUUUGGUUUUGGAGCGCUCUCCAGAGAUUUAGCAGAAAUUGAAGGGAUGAGUUUUGGGUUUUACUAGAACGGGGCUUGUUAUGCAACGAUAUCCUAUUUCUAAUUGUUUCUACCCUGGAAAUGUUUUGAGCUGAGCCCCACAUUUUCUGGAAUAUGAGAUGCAUUUGUCAUGCAUUGAUAAUCAUAAUAGGCUUAUAUCUGUAUUUUAACAGACCUGGGGCAUUAUUGAUGUUGAUUUAUUGGCUUGUUUGUGAUUAGGGUUUUUAUGUGCUGUCCAUGUGCCAUCCAGAUGUACAGACUCUGGAGGAGCUGAGCCUGAGUGUACUGAGUCGUCUGGAAGAAGUGGUGAAGGAGCAGCAGCGCUGGAGGGAAAUUGCAGAGGCCCACAUCCAGCUGCUCCGAGACUUUGCCUUCCAGGAGUGGCUUUGCUCCCAGAACCUGGAGCACUAUUAUCAUACGUGAGUAAUGCAAGAUAGAAACCUCAAUAUUGACAUCAGUCACAGGCAGCUUUCCUUUUUUCGGGAACAUAAAUUUGUGUCUGAAGUAUAGAUUGUUUCUCGAAAGUUGUAUGUUUUUGUUGAGUAGUUCUGAUAGUGCUGGAUGAUGUGAAGCUCAGGCUAUAUUGGUUCCUGUCCACUUGAGGGCAGCCUCUCCUUUCAUGGCUAGCUGAGUUUGCUGACAUCGAGCUGUGAGGAGGCUGCAGCGUUUCUGAGGGUCACUGCAGUAAAAGUAUUCUUCAGAGACUGUUCAUGGGAGACCCUGCAGCAUUGCAGAGAUUUGUGUGUGUAUCAGAUUUUAUCUACUGAUGCAGUCUGUUUAAUUGUAGGUUAAGUUAAGGUUUAUCAAAACGUUGCAUGUUUAAAGACUGUCAGUUGUGAUGUUGCGAAAGGUCAUCAGAGUUUGUCGAACAUGAGGUCAUGUUGUGGUCAUCAUGUUACAGAGAUACCCUGUCCCAUGUUCUUAAUGGGAAGCUGUGUCACAACAUGAAGGUCACAACCACUAAAGUGUUGUUACCGUCAUUAUUUGUCAGGCUUAUAACCUUUAUCACUUUGAAUAAAGGAAAACUCAAAGUGGGAAAGUUGAAGUGCCACUUAGGCUCUUUUUCACUUCUCAUAAAAACAUUGAAACACCAGCGGGAGGAUUAAAAUGUAUAACCUUAAAAGAAAAGUAGAAAAACAAGUAAGAGGUGAAAUCAGGUGAAAUGAUUUUAUUCAACAACCUUUUUAUUGCUUGCAAACACAAGAUAGAUAUUAUCAUCACUACACACUGUUAGAUCAGUGCAGCACCAGCAUGCCAGUUCAAUUCAAUUUUCAUGCUCAUAGAUAAAAAGUAAGUUAUGUUUGCCGGCUUUGUUAAAAGAUGUGUAACUACCAGUGGAAAGUGUCAGUUUGGAGCAGGUCACAUGCUAUUUUCCCAAGUACUAAGUGUUACGUUUCGGAUGUUAUUCAAAAGACAAACAAUGAACCCAUUGUAUAAGUUUACUCAUUCAUGUAGUGUCAGGAUUACUUGGAAAUUUCGACCUGUUUAUUCAAACUUGACAUUGGAUUGCUUGUUGUUUAAUGGUUUUGAAUAGCUGUUUUACAAGGCGAGGUUUUGAUUCCUAUAAAUGGUAACAAUCAUUUAUCUGCCGCUCUGCCACCCAUCUGUACUUCGGAUGCCAUAAACACGCCACCCGUCCAACCUGAAUUCGUCUUGAUGGCUCGGCCUAACAUGCCACACCUCCCUGCUUCUCACCCAGCUGACAUGCUUUUAGAAUUCAGCUGAUAAGAUUGAGGUCACUCUUAGCACACAUUGUUUGUACUCAUUGUUUGUUUAGUAUGUGGGACAACCAGUUGGUCACAGAUCAGUCUGCAUUUUUUUCGCGCAGUAAUGAGUCAUACUUACUGUAAGUAGGAGUUGUACAUGUAAUUAAUAUUUGCUUUCAUUUCUGUUACUCAUCUACCUCAUGCACUUUUCCUUUUGUUUUCCACUCCAGGCUGAAGACCUUGGAUUGUUUGAAUCUGGAUGAUCUGUCUCACUUUGACAGUCAACUGCAGCUGUCUCUAGCUGCCUGGGGCUACUACUACGAAGACUACAUCAAGUUGUCCACGGGCAUCAAGAUCCUCCAGGCGUCCAGAGGGAGCAGGGACCAGGACUACGAGAUCCGGCUGGUGCACAGUCUUGCUGAGAGGCGUCUGAAUGAGAAGUGGUCACUUGGUGAGCUCCCGAACAUGCUCUGCUUUUGUCAUAGCACAGAUGUCAUUGAUCAAAAAAGACAUUUCAGAAAUAGCUUUGAGAUAUAAGACGUAAACAAAAGCGGGAGUCCACUGUUGCUAAGUUUUCUUAAGUGUUUUUACAAAUGGUGAUACUCCAAGAGUCACUCUGUUGUCAUGGAGAAGUUUAAUGUUGUCUUGCUUCAUCCCAACAUCUGUUUGUGUUGUCCUUUUCAUUCUCAUAAAAACACAGCAGUCACUUCUAUUAAGGAUAAAUGAAGAACAUCAAAUGAGGAAGUGUUGUUAUAUUUUAACUUUCCGAUUGCACAAGCUUGAUUCUUGCUAAAUUGGAGUUUUUUGCCAGUUCUGAACUUUUUCUGAAGUUCAGAACUUCUCACUGAAAACAUACAACACAUCGAGCUGCUAAAGAAACAAACCAUUUUAUACCAAGUAUUUAUUAUUACUUAGUAUAAAAAUAAUUUCAUUUACUCCCAUGAAAAUAGUCAAACUCACUCACAGUUUUGGCUGUAUCCAUGGUGAUGGUCAACUCAACAGCUUUGUUGAAGUAAAAACCUAGAUGUAAGACCAAGAAGCUUCGUUCAGGAAGGCAAUUUGAGCUGUAUUGAUUUCACACUUGACUUUUCACUUUGACUUGACAAACUUAAUCUUCCAGUUCAGGGGUCUCACUAACUGCUCCCCCAUUGUCUUUGCUGCCCUGCAUCAGUGCUGCACUCAGACUUUUAGCCCCACCACUUCGCCAAUAUCCACCUGCAGGUUCAGACUGUGGGGUUUAAGAUAGUACCCCGGCGUGACCAACAUCUAAGGGGAGCAAUGAUCCUUCUUUGUUUUUGUGGAUUUCUCUUUUGCUUGUUUUUUGUCCUCAGCUCAUCCGGCCCCUUUCCUCAGCUGUUUUGAUCUUUUUUUCUCAGUUGUCCCACUGUAAACACACAAACACCCAAAAUAACCAAUUUUUUCUGCACGGAAAUGUUUACAGUUGGCCCUCCAGAGUCUGUGAUCAGAGCUUUAUCCUUGGCAAAGUUUGUUCUCCACAGCCACAGUCUGCUCUUAGAUAAUCCUUGACUGUUACUCUGUGUUGACAAUCACCUUUACAUUCUUCUCACAGUCAAGUAAUCGAUAAUUGAGCACUCAUUCUUCCAAUCUGGUCUUUAUCUUUUCAGCUGGAGCUCUUAUAUUUGGCUGUACUGUGGCACUGUGCUUCUUGAUAAGGGACCUCAUGUUUUACGUGAUUGGUGAGUUAACUUUUUGUUUUUAACGCUUCAUGACUCAUUCUCUCUACAGUCAUAAACUUUUAACAAGUUACUUAAGAUGACUCACAUUGAUUUAAAGUGGUUUCAUAACCCAAGCUUUUGUUUUACAACCCUUGUUCUGUUAAGAAUUUAGAUGCAGUGUAAAAUUUUGAUAAUCGAACUAAAUAGCCUGCAAAUCAUUUACAGUGUCUGCCUCAAUACAAGAGUUCAAAAAAGACCUAUCACAUGUUAGAAAUGAAAAGUUUUAUUAUUCUACCAAUAAGAAGGCGUGUUUUAAAGAUGCUGCUGAAAACACAUUUGAAAAGAGUUGGGACAGGGAUGUGUUUACCAUUGUUUCACCUCUUCUUUUAACAGAACUCUGUAAACAUUCGAGAACCAAGGAGACCAGUUUCUGAAAUUUUGAAAGUGAAAUGUUUUCAUUUUCAUGCCUGAUACAGGAUUUAUUUUGACGGAUCAGCAGUUAGAGGUUUCCUUUGCUGUGUCUUUUGUGUCAUGGUUUGCCAAUAAGUGUCAGGUUGGGAUUGCAGCAGCCUGGUUAAAUGUGAUUAAACAGCUCAUAUUUUUGUCCUCUGCAGGUGGAAUUACUGUUUCCAUCAUAGCGUUUGUCUUUACCAUCAAGUUCCUCUGUGAGCUUGCAGCGAGAGUUGUCAGCUUCCUGCAGAAUGAGGAUCCAGGGCGACGCGGUGACCGCAGCAUCUACGACUAUGUCCGGGGUAACUACCUGGACCCACGCUCCUGCAAGGUGUCCUGGGAUUGGAAGGAGCCGCAGGAAGUGGGGCAGACUAUGAGCUUCAGGGUCCAGGUGACAAUUCAGUCCUGAUCUAUGAAAAAAAGGGUGUUUUUUUGUCUUUCUUGGAUUGAUUUUCAGUACAAGUGUUUAUUGGCAAACCUCUCCAAGAAAAAGUUCAACUAACUUUUCUGUACUGAUGAGAUUAAUUUUCUGUUUCCGUCUUUGCAGCUGUUUUAUAAAAAUGGCCAACCUUUCCCAGCUCAUCGGCCUGUGGGGCUGAGGGUCAACAUCACCCACAUUGAACUGGCUCUGGACAUCCCUGUGACACAGGAGGUCCUGCAAGAACCAGAAUCCAAUGUUGUCAAAGUGGCCUUCACGGUGCGCAAGGCCGGACGCUAUGAGGUUGCUGUGAAGCUGGGUGGCCUCAAUGUAGCCUACAGCCCUUAUUACAAGAUAUUUCAACCAGGUACCACUCCUGUUUUUCUCUGCAAUCAGGCCCAGUAUCAUGAAGCAAAAACCAUUAAGUUUCUGAUUGAGUAGCUUCUCUUUCUUCUCAUCACUUCAGGUACUGUUGUUCCAUCCAAAACCAAGAUAGCCUACCACUUCUCCACGCUGGUGCUAACAAACUGCCAGCAGCACACUUUGCAGAUUGAGCCCAGGGAUGAGUACGGAAACCCCACCAGUAACUCCACGUCUCUCACAGACGAGGCCAACUACAGUGUCCAUGUGCACUCUGUAAGUGAACAAACACUGUCUUUGUCUAUCAUAAAUGUAAUAAAGAGGUCGUUUGGGGCUGUAUGAGGUCACUCAAAUGGUUGGUUUCAACAUAAGGAACAGUAGCUAGCUGUUGACACAGCCUCUGUUUGGAUAAGUCAGCUGGAGUUCUCUCAGCUGCAGAUACGGUCUCAAAAAUAACAUGCAGAACAUUUCAGUUUAAUUGAACUGUAUUUUUAGAUAUUCGCCAUAAGACCCCUUUUCUUUGGCUACUACUUUUGAAAAAUUCUUGUUUUGUUUUUAGUACAGCAAUUUGAUUUACACAGCACCAAGACAGAAAACCACUUAAUUUCCUCUUUAAGUUUUCCACUGUUUUUGUUUUUAAUUUUCUUUCUUUUUAUUUUUUUUGAAACCAAGCACAUUUUAGAGGAAAUAAAGUGAGGACCUGAGAGUAAUUAUAAACAUUUCAAGGGAGAGACUUCAAAAGAGAAGAAGAACAACAAAAGAUAAUGCAGUUUGCUAAGCAGAGACAGCAUUACAAAAUCCAUGGCUGGUCACCUCCGCAAAAUCUGUCUGGGCCUUUUUAAUUUGGUUUACUUAAUCACAUCUUGAACAAAAACAUCGUUCUGUAGACACAAACAAAAGAGUGAUCCUUCCCGUGACAUCAGUAUUAUGGGUAACAAUCCACUUGUGUGUCAUGGGGGAUUCAGGGAGAAGCUAGCGCCAAAUGAUGCCUUUUUAUUUUUUAUUUUUAUUUUUUUACAAGCGAGCAGAGAUUAAAAAGUCAAAGAUAUUUAUGAACGCCCUCACCUUAUUUUCCACAUUUCUGGACUAUGUUUUUAACACUUAACAGGCCUCUUCAACGUACACUUAGUAUUGAUCUAUACCCAAUUCAUCACCGGUUAAAAACGUAUCCCUCUUAGUGUAAUUUAAAGAACAACCUCUUGUUUAUAAAGGGAAAAAUCAAUGCCAGUGUUUCUUUGAAUGCUUGUGGUGUCGGUUGCACAGUCAUAAGCCUUUACAGUAUAGUAACGUAGUUGUUUACAAAAUGCUGAGCUGGGAUUUAUUCUGGCUUUCUUCCUCUUCCAGCUGGGCACAGUGGAUGAUGACAGUAUGGAGGAGUACUACAGCAAAUCAGUAACCCUCAACAAGCAGCAGUGCCAGGUUCUGCUGAGACUGACCCUGAGAAAGACCGGCUGUUUCAGGGCUCGCAUCUCCUACAAGGACCAGCCACUCAGCAACGGGGAAUUUGACAUUAUUGUUCUCAGUGGUGAGCAGCCUUCAGUAACAUGAGUGGAAAUUGUGGCUAGAAAUGCAGACUGCACUUUGAGGUUAAUGUUUAUUAUAUUUGGUUUAUGACAGAGAAUGAGAAGGCCUGUGUGGAGAAGAACGUGUCCACUCCAGGCAUAAGUAUCUACUUUGAGGCCUACCUUUACAGCAGUGGGAACUACAGCAGCUCUUCGUGGCAGUUACCAGCCUCCUCCCUGCUGGCCCCUCAAAGGAGGCCUUCAAUGGGAGAGGAGGAGGAUGAGCACGAUUCUCCUGUGGAGGGACAACCUGAAAAGGUCAAGAAACCAAAAAAGGUCUACUGUUAUAUAUCGCCAAAGGUGAGCACAAUCAAAUAAGUAGACAAAAAUCUUGUAUUGUCAUCUUGGAAAAUCAAUGUAAGAUGACUCUCUUUUUCUGUCAAACAGCAAUUAUCCGUGAAGGAGUUCUACCUGAAAAUUAUUCCAUGGCGCCUUUUCACUUUUCGAGUGUGUCCUGGAACGAAGGUAAGCACAACUGAUCACAGAUUGCAGAGGACCCUGAAAAAACCUGCCCCCCUUUAACACGUCUUGUUUACUCUCUUUUCAGUUUACCUAUUAUGGUCCUGAUCCAGUUCACAAGUACCUAACUCUGGUGGUGGAUGAUGGGAUUCAGCCUCCUGUGGAGCUCAGCUGCAAAGACAGAAACAUCAUGGCUGCCACCUUUAUUCGCUUCCUGCACAAAAACAUUGGUCUGUUUUCAUCUUAAUUUUAUUGCCCUAGCCUUGAGCUGUGCUGUCUGGUUUGUUCCUCUUUUUAUUGAAUAUCGCAGUGAUUUUAUGAUUCCGUCCGUAGGUGGCUCUGAAACUUUCCAGGAUAAAGUGAACUUCUUUCAACGUGAACUCAGGCACAUCCACUCCAAGAGACCUCGCACCAAGACCUGCCUCAAGAUAACACGUCACUCCAUCCUUGAUUCAGUGCGCGCUGCUUUACUUUAUUAGAGAAGUGCUAUCAAUAAUAAUAAGCACGUAAUCAUAAGUAUGUCAUGUGGCUCCAGUAAAGUUUGACUCCCUGUUUUUCUGCUGCUUAGUCCCUGAAGGCUACAAGGAACUUCUCGGUGUCAGACUGGAGCAAGAACUUUGAGGUGGUGUUUCAAGAUGAAGAAGGUAAACAACAUGUCAUCAGUCCAGUUCAGUUCAUAAUGCCACAUCCUAAUGAGAGUAUCUUUCCUAAGGGGUCUAACACUCUUAAAUAUGUCUACAUUUCCCUGUAGCUCUGGAUUGGGGAGGGCCUCGCAGAGAGUGGUUUGAGCUGAUUUGUAAGACCCUCUUUGACACCUCCAAUCAGUUCUUUACCCGCUUCAGUGACAACAACCAGGGUUUGGUAAGUUAGUCUUCUCAUACCAUACCAGGGGAGGUUUAACAGUGUUAAAAUCUAGAAAACCCCAGUUCUAACAGGGACAGAGUGACGACCUUUGGUCUUGAGAAGUAAAGCUAACAGAGAAGUGCAAAAAAACUGCACUUGUGGCUAGCGGCAGAAGCACUGGAAACUACAUACAGUACACACUCCUUCAAAAGAGACCAUCGUUAGGGUGAAGAUAAACAUGCUUACAGCCUGGUUCAAAAAUGGUCUUAGUCUGGAUAGCUUAUUCUCUGUCCUCACACACUGUACAGGAAGUCGUUUUGUUCUAAUGCAUUUGUUGAAAAGAUUUUAAGUUUGCAUGUUUAGAACCAGAGGCUUGGCUGAUUUGACUGACCAGCAGGCAUGCCGUGGCUAUUUGCAAGGAAACUAAAGGCCUGCCUCAAGUCCACCUUGUAGCCACUUGGAAGGUUCACUAAAAGUUAGGUUGAGUCAGCAUUUCCGAUGUGGCGACUGUAGCUGAUACACUUUAGAAACAAAACGGACAUAGAGUCCAUAGAGUCUAUGUCCAUGUAUUGUGCACUCUUCAACAGCGACACAUCCUUCAUGAACAAAAAAAUUAGACAACAUUCAACAAGCAAGAGGUGGAGUCCCUGAACACAGGUUUUUUUUUUUUUCCAUCUGUUAACUCAAAGCACCUCUCACCAGGGUUCAUUACUGCAAGGUUGCAAAAGUGUUCCUGUAGCACUUCUACAUUCCUUAACGGUGACUGUCGAGUCUGUUUUGAAUUGCUCUAUUUGCUUCACAUUUGCUUUCAUUCAAUCAGCGUUUCACCAAGAAAAUCUGAAAUCUGUGAUGGAAACAGUGUGGAAUAAACAGGUGCAGUAAGCCUCGACUCUAUAUGCACCUCCGACUCUUUUCUUACACACACAGACAUAGUUGAUUUCAGCAGUCCCGCCCCUUUUUGAUUCCGAUUGGUCGGUGAUCAAGACGUGGCAUUGACGAGCAUUGCAGCGCACAAAAAGUUUAGCCAUUUUAAACCGAGGGCAGUAUGAGCACUGUGACUAAAAUCAUUUGAGGUUGUUUUUGGAGCAGGGGAAGCUAAGUGAUAAAAAUGUUGAACUGCAUUUGGUUUGGGUAAAAAAUAGGCACUGCCAGCGCAAAGACAACGAAUCCCAGGAACAGGCAGGACCAGUCUCAUGAUGAGCAGUCAUCUGCAAUAGAACUCUCCCUGGGAAAACCCCCAUUUCAAACAACUAAAACCCGUUUGUUUAAAGUCAUUGUUUUCAUUUCAAGUAUCCAGAAUGAAAAAUUCAAUUACAGAUGGUGCUGAUAUUCAUCCAGUCCAGCUAAUAAAUGUUGAAACUGCUUGUCAUAGAUACAGGGUCCUAUGUUUCAGUAAGUAACACACUCUUUUGUUUGCCUUCUGGUCCUGAAUUAAGCUUGUAGCUCAGAAGUGGAUCAAAAGUACCUUAAAGAAGACUGUUUGUUGAAAUAUGGUAUCUGUGUAUCUUGUCUUUAAACUCAACAGUUGUAGUGAAGCUGCUGUGAUGCAAGGCACAUUUCAAACUUCAGUCGGUCAAUCAGUCCAUCUGAACCUCUUGAUUUCCCAGGUGCACCCGAAUGCUGAGCGGCCGGCCCACUUGCGUCUUAAGAUGUACGAGUUUGCAGGUCGCAUCGUGGGCAAGUGCUUGUACGAGUCUGCUCUGGGUGGGGCCUACAAACAGCUGGUGCGAGCUCGCUUUACUCGUUCCUUCUUGGCACAAAUCAUUGGCCUCAGGAUGAACUAUAAGGUAUGGAACACAGCACACUCCCAUAGAAAAUCUGUUUUCUCCAGAGGUUACAGGGUCAUGUUUUCAUUGUUUACCUUCUUCUGUCAGCCGGUCCCUCUCAUCACUCUCGACAGUCCUCACAAAGCCAAGAAUUCUGAGUUGUUUUUUGGCAUUAUUUAGGUCAGGGAGACCCGGCCUGCAUGUCUUCGCUGUUUAUCCAACUUCCUUAGAUAUCAAGGCUGAGAGCUAAAGCUGACCAAUCGCCUUUUACAAAAGAAGAUGAAGUGCUUUGUUUAUUUGAAAAACAUCAUUUUCUUGUGUUUUUCCCUCAAUUUCCCACAUGCAGUACUUUGAGACGGACGACCAGGAGUUCUACAAAACUAAAGUGUGUUUCAUCCUAAACAAUGACGUGAGUGAAAUGGACCUGGUGUUCGCUGAGGAGAAGUACAGCAAGUCGGGACAGCUGGAGAAGGUGAGGCAACGCUUUGGAUGGGAGCGUCCCCUUUUAUCCCUGAUGUCAUCCCAGGGCAGAUAGGAGCAAUAAUCCAAACAAGAGGAACCAUAUUGCUUGUUUGGCAAGCGUCUCGUUCUUCUUAAAGAGCGGUGGAUGAAUAGAAUUUGGCGUCAGCAGUCCUUUUUGAAACUUCGCUGCCACACAACAACAGGCUGUUGAAGUCUCUGUGUUGAAACAGAGUCGAGGCUACCUCUUUUUAAUUAGAUACGCAUGUUUUUCUCUAAACAGACUUUUUUAAAACCCAAAGAUUAAUUGUCGAAUCAUUUGGACGAAUGCUUACAAGAGUGUGGCUGCGAAACACAUGUGCUGAACCUUUGUAAAUAAAUUUUACAGGUCAGAGAAGUUCCGGGCUCUUACAUAUCGUUAUCCAGCCACUAAAUCUUCCCUUUGUUUGAAGCCACAUGAUAAUAAGACUUAAAGCAGUUUAACGUCCUGUGUUGUUGAUUGUUUUAUGUAAUUUAUCUGACAUUUAUAUCCCGCCACAUGUUCCCCUCCUGCAGGUGGUGGAGCUGAUAUCAGGGGGGGCUCAGAUAGCUGUUACCAAUGAAAACAAAAUGCAUUAUCUCAACCUGCUGGCCCAGUACAGACUGGCCAGCCAGGUGAGGGAUGAGGUGGAACACUUCCUGAAAGGUAAGCAAACUCGCACAGCUGCUAUCUCAGCCUUUUACUCUUGCCAGCUUUCCUUCAUUGAAAAUCUCCGGUAAUGUGCACAUAAUUAGCGUAAUUUCCUGAUCAAUUGCAGGUUUGAAUGAGCUGGUUCCAGAAAACCUUCUAGCCAUAUUUGAUGAGAAUGAGCUGGAGGUAUGUGUGAUGUUUAUAAUAAAGUCCUGUUGAUCCUGAAAAGAAUGCUGGGUAAUUGUUUUCUCACUCUCUCUCUCGCUUUCUUUGACCCACUCAGCUGUUGAUGUGUGGCACUGGAGACAUAAACGUGCAGGACUUUAAGGCUCACGCUGUGAUCGUAGGAGGGUCGUGGCACUUCAGAGAGAAAGUAUGUCACAGAAGCUCUCAGUCUCGGUUUCCGUUAUACCACAGGAUGCUGGUGCGAGGCUCUAAGGAGUGUUUGUUUUCCUUUGCCUCAGGUGAUGAAGUGGUUCUGGGCCGUGGUGUCCAGCUUCACCCAGGAGGAGUUAGCUCGCCUGCUGCAGUUCACCACCGGCUCCUCUCAGCUUCCCCCCGGAGGAUUCAACACUUUAUGUCCCUCAUUUCAGAUCAUCGCCGCCCCCACACACAGCACCCUGCCCACUGCACACACGUGGUGAGUUGAAGAAUGUACACACAAAUACACACACACAAACAUAUGUGUUAAAGCAACUUAAGAAAAGGUUUUUAGUUCUGCAGACUUAAUGUCAAUACAUAUCUGCAGGUUAAAGUAUGUAUUUUCCAACAUUUUCAAUGCCUCCACAUCUGCUAAGUUUUUACAAACAUUCUUGGAUCAUGGUGGCGUAUCCUUUCUUGAGCAACACAAACAGGAACAAAUUAUAAUUGUCUGGCUAAAGACUUUAAUUGUGUCUGUCUCUCCCUUGAUUUCUAUCAUCUGUCCCCUCUUGCUGUUUACUAGAAGCACAAAAUAUCUGAGAAACAUUUCAGUCCACAGUUGAAUCUCCCCGUCUUCUUGUUGCAUUAUGUGUUUGGUGAUUUAAGCUGAUUUUGUACAUACUAAAAUGUUACAUGGCACCUCAGCAUGUUCAAAUUAUCACUGCAGGCAUGACUCAUGCUUAAAGCCUCGCUGUGAUUUCCUGCAGCUUCACAAAUAUGCUAACACGGCUGGCCUCUCUCUCUCAUCAAAAACAAAGUCAUUAUUGUCCUCAAAUUAAAGGGCAUAACAGAGUUUUGUCCAAGUAUCCACAAAGAGGAGUAAAAAAUGCUAUUUUAUGGAACCACCGAACACAUACUCAAUUUUCAGAGUGUAUGACCAUGACAAAACAUGACACUUCCAAUGUGUGGCUGAUUUUUCUUUUCUUUAUUUUUUUGCAACAGUAUUUACUCAACUCUAAAAAGAAGGAUAAAGCUUUCAAGCCAGGAAAUGAUGCAACACUAACAAAUUUAAUAGCUGCAAAAAAAUUCUAUGUUGUUGUUUUUUUCAAUGAUAUAUGGACGCAUUGUCAGACUCUCAACAUUUCCUUCUCUGUCUAGUUUUAACCAGCUGUGCCUCCCUACCUAUGACUCCUACGAGGAGCUGCACAAGAUGUUAAAGCUGGCCAUCAGUGAAGGCAGUGAGGGCUUUGGCAUGCUCUGACUAACCCUUCACUGGAAAGCACUGCGGUCCCACUUACAGGAGAGGAGACCAGCACUGCACCCCUCCAGUACACCGGCUCCCUGCAUUAACCGGUAUUAAACAGAAAGCUUCUUUUGCAGAGACUCACCUUGACUCCCUCUAAACGCUCUCUAAGGAUGAGAGGGUGUUACAGGGAGGCUGGAGAGGGCGGUGCUAAAACGGAACUCAAACAUACAAACUCUGGUGUUACUGUAUGUACAUAAAAAGAAUAAAAAAAAAAAUUCGGCUUUUGUAAAAAAGGAAAACUCAAACUGCUGAAAAAGGCGAGGUUUAGGCUAGUUUUAUUUCUUAUUGCUGAAGUUAGCUUAGUUUUAUAUGUUUGAAAGACGCUAAAGCAAAGGCCUUGAGUAAUACUGUAUAACUGCUUCUUUUGCAUUUCGCAAACCGCAGAACACUUGAGUGCAGAAGCAGCCUACAUGUUUAGUGGGUGCUGCUUGCAUUUACAGCACUUUGGCCUUAAACGAUCAGGGACUGAUGUGUGUAUGUAAAUAUAAAUAAUAUUACUCUUUUAUUUCAACACUUGUACAUACCAGUGUGUAUACAUACAUUUUCAUUUUGUCGUUUUGCUUAAUUGAUUAAGGAGAAGGGAUUACUUUAUUAUUGCACGUUUGGAUUUAGAGUUUAUAUCAUUUCUUUGCAUUUAUUUUCAGUCCGAUAUAAAUAGGUUUUUAAAGAAGCCAAUUAUUUCUAUUGUUUAUAUUUGUUUUUAAAUUAUUGUGUCUUGAAAAUAAUAUUUGUGUUCAACCAUACAGUGGAAAUAUUUUUUGCCAGGAGCAGAAACUGUUUUUGUUAUGUUGUGUUUUAAAACCUGCCUUAUUCAUACCCUUUGCCUCUGAUUGUAUCCAGAGAGGUGUGUAGUUAAGACAAAUAUUAAUAGGUAAUUGUUAUAUUCUGAUAUUUCUACAGCAACAUGCAGGGGUCACCGUGGAUGUGAGUGUUGGUUUGAUGUUUGGGAAAACCCAUAUAUAACAAACAUUUUGUUAUAUAUACAGUAUGAUUGUUCCUUCUACAUCCACAGCCUUUUAUAGGUUUACCUCAAAAUCUCAUAUGCUACCUUUUCAUCCUUCUACGCAAGUGUAUGUCCAAGCAAACACAGCGUAUCUAUAGUUGCCACCUUCCAGCCCCAUCUAUACAACCUUUUAGCCAUAUUCUCCUGCAUCCUCAGUACAACUUAAAGCAUUAUAUCAGUGGAGAUUACGCCCUCUUUGUUUUUUUUUUAAUGCUAUUGUGUAAGUAUUUAUCAUUCUGAGUUGUUUUGUGUUUUUCUCAAAACUGUGUAGCAAUUCCCUCUCUGUUAACAUGUCUGUUAGCCAUUGCGUAAUUCUGUGUGCUGUGCGUCGGCGUCUUCAUCGAGCAUUUAAUGUUUGGAUUGAAGCAAAAAAAGGAAAACAUAAUUGUUAAGUCUUCUUCUGAGUGUUUUGAUUUGAGUAUUUUCAGGUUCCCUUUAAGAGCAUUGUGAGUGCAGGUUCACUGCUAACAUUAUUCUAACAGAUGAAAGUUUGACUGAGCCGCCAUGAGAUUUAACUUCAUGAUAUUGUAACAAUAAAGGUUUAAAACUUUUGACUGUAGGUUUAUACUAACACACAGUUCAGUAGAGCUGUGACAGUGUCGACUUGGGAAUUGCUGAUGUUUUGCAGAUGCUUUUGCUGCCCCUCUACAGUGUUACGAGGUUUAUAAAAGGGUUCAUGGAUUUGUGUUUGUUUGGGUUGUGCAAUGUUGACCUUGUGUACCGAGGAGAAAAGUGAAACUGUUUUAAGUGCUUAUGGAAAUGUUUCAUUACGACUGUGUUCAGAACCAAAACCAAUGGCUGAUUCUAUAUUUAUUCGCAGUAAUGGUAGUUUAAACAUUGUCGUACUGUCAGUUGUUCCACUAGAUAAGACCAGUAUAAACAAAUAUGAAGGAGGGUUGUCCUGUGGUUUUAUGUUCUUGUUUAAUGUUUAGUUUUUUUUUUUCUUUUUUUUUUUUUUUUUUUGUUUGAGCAUCUGCUUUGUUUUAUGUUUGGGUUGUUUCUGGAUUAGAUAGCCUGAGUGUGGCUUUUAGCGAUGUAGAUAUUGUGAAAUAUUUGCCUAUGACUUUGAAGCUGGGGGUAACUUUUUUUCUUUUUUAAUGGCAAGCCUCUGCUGAUGAAUGUUUGAGAUUCUCUGCAUUGCAGGCCCUUUGUUUAUGGGAAUAAAAAAUGAUGGACUACAUCUAUAA